AACAUGUAAAUUAAGGAUAGAAAACUAAUGAGCGCCUUGUGAAUUGAGGAGGGAUAGCUUAUGAGUGUCUUUUCUAUUUAAUCUGUUUUGUUUCACAUCAUACAUAAAUUGCAGAAGCAUUGGUUAUGAUUGUUUAUAGGUAUAUCGAAAUAUUCCACGUACAAAUUUCUAAUAGCUUGAGACACCAAAGAUGGCUGCGCCUAGAGAGGACGACUCAGAUCAAACAGAUUAUGGGUCUGCAAGUAAACCCUGCACAUCCAGAACAUGUUUUGAUUUUUCUACAUUCAUGAAAAUGCAGGGAAAGAAAAUUGAAAAAAAAAUGGAAAAUAAGAAGAAAGAGGAAGAGAAGCCUUGUCCGCUAGAUAAGGACAGCCUGGGCCGGAGUACCUGGGCAUUCCUCCACACCAUGGCGGCUUACUACCCCGACAAACCCACGCCCAAUCAACAGAACGACAUGUCCCAGUUCAUUCAUCUAUUCUCGAAAUUCUUCCCCUGUGACUAUUGUGCCGAGGAUCUCCGUAAAGAGCUAAAAACAAACAAACCACAGACAUCAUCGCGUGAGGAACUUUCUCAGUGGAUGUGUAGAUUGCAUAAUCAGGUGAACAGAAAGACUGGGAAGCCAGAGUUCGACUGUAGCCUCGUGGACGAGAGAUGGCGAGAUGGCUGGAAGGACGGUAGCUGUGGUUGACUACCUUAAACAUUCCUGGGGAAAAGCGACUGUGAUAUAUGGAAAUUCAUUUUGCCUCCAUAACAUGCACAAUUUGUCAGUUAUUUGUUUUUAUAUACAAUUUGAUGCUGUUUUUAAGCGAUAUUGUACAGUUUUGCAUGCAAAUCUUCAUCUCUUUACUAGGUUGAUGUUUGCAUCAGUUAGUAUUACACUAACAAAUAUGGGUAAUACUAACAAAUAUGGUUGUUCGGAAUAAAAUACCUCAGAUUAAACGAUAUGCAUGUACAUGUUA